AUAUUUAUUUUCUUCUCUUUUAAUUUAUUUUCUUGAUUUUCUUCUGCUUGAAUGAUUUCGAUUAUGAAUACUAGAAAUAUAUUUCGAAUGUGCAAUAAAAUGAUAAUACCAUCAAUAUCGUCGAGGAGCUACGGCUACAAAGUAAUAAAAAGACCGGAUCCUAAAACAUUGAAAAUGCCUGCACCGGGCUCGGCUCCUAGUUUAAUGGAAAUAAUUAAAGAGAAGAUCCGUCUAAAUGGGCCUAUAACAGUGGCCGAGUACAUGCACAUAGUGAUAACGAACCCUACUGAAGGAUAUUACAUGAAGAAGGAAGUGAUUGGCGAAGCAGGGGAUUUCAUAACCUCUCCAGAAAUAAGUCAGCUGUUUGGAGAAAUCCUAGCCAUCUGGUUUUAUGCAGAGACGCAGAAAAUGGGUUUCGGCAAACCCUUGAAUAUCGUUGAACUUGGUCCCGGGAAAGGAACUUUAAUGGUCGACAUUUUAAGGGUUCUUAAUCGUCUUGGCUAUGAAUCAACCAAUGUGAGCCUACACUUAGUUGAAGUCUCAUCUACGAUGCAAAAUGUGCAAGCAAACAGGCUUUGUAUAUCACACAGAGCUACUGAUAUUGAAUCUCCAUAUAAUUAUGAGGGUGAAACGUUAAGCGGUAUCAAAGUAUACUGGUAUAAUGACUUGAAAAAGGUGCCACAUGAAUUUUCCUGGUAUAUAGCCCAUGAAUUCUUUGAUGUACUUCCCAUUCAUAAGUUUCAGAAAACUGAAGAUGGCUGGAAAGAAAUAUUAAUAGACAUAGAUGAAACUGGUAAACUUUAUUAUAGAAUAUCAGCAAAAGAAACACAAUCAGUAAAGGUAUUACUGCGACCACCACUGGACUCUGGAGACCGAACUGAAAUUGAAGUCAGUCCAAGAAGUCUCGGUAUCGCUAGACAACUUGCUCAGAGAGUUGAUGAGUGUGGAGGAAUAGCGUUGAUCGCUGACUACGGCCAUGAAGGUGAAAAAGGAGACACAUUUAGGGCGUUCCAUAAGCAUAAAGUGGUAGACCCAUUAGAGAACCCUGGUGCCAGUGACCUCACCGCUGAUGUGGAUUUCAUGCAGCUUAGAAUCGCAGCUGCCAAAACUCCAAGCGAUGACAACUAUGCCAUAGUAAUGGGCCCUGUGCAACAGAACGAUUUCUUGGAAAGAAUGCAGGCACGAGUGCGUUUGCAGGUACUGAUGGACAAUGCUAAGACAGAAGAAGAGAAAGAAAAAAUCAAAAGUGCAUACGAGAUGCUAGUGGAUCCUAAAAAAAUGGGCGAAAGAUUUAAAUUUAUGGCAUUGUACCCAUCUUCCAUGGAAAAGAUAUUGGAGCAGCAUCCGCCUUUAGGUUUUUCUGUACCUAAACCCUAGUUAUAAAAUAAUUGAUAUAAAUACUGUAAAUAUUAUUUAAAAAUAUACAUAACGUUUGUUUUUA